UAGCAGUAUUUGACAGUCUCCAACACAUCCACCGUUUCCAGAGCGUCUCAUAUUUAUAUUUGCUCCUGAGCUUGGAUAGUUGAGUCAAAUUCACUUCAGGGCUUUUAGCCGGUUACUUGGAAUCUGCAAGGUUGGGACCAACCAAAUCCACGCAUCAUGGCCAAUCCACCAACCCUCGUCUUUAUCCCCGGUUCCUGGCAUCAAGCGACAUGCUACGACAAGGUUAUUAAACCCCUUCAAGAGCAGCAUCAGCUGAAAUGUAUCGCCGUGACCCUUCCCUCAACCUCCGGGGACCCCGCCGCCACCUUCAAAGAUGACCUGGAUGCGGCCCGCGAUGCCAUCUCCAACGAGACCACCAAUGGACGCAACGUGGUCGUCAUUGCGCACUCCUACGGCGGCAUGGUUGGCAAUAGCGCGGUCAAGGGAUUCGCGCAGCCACGCGACACCACAACUCGGACUCAGCCCCCAACAGGCUACGUGAUCGGCCUCAUCCUCAUCGCCUCGGGCUUCAGCCUGACCGGACUCGCCUUUAUGGAUCCGUUCUUUGGCCAUCCCCCUCCUUACUGGCGGGUCAAUAGCACGACCGGCUUUGCUGAGCUGGUCACGCCUCCACGGGAGCUCUUCUACCACGACCUGCCAGAGCAAGAAGCCCAAUACUGGGUUUCCCAGCUCACCACCCAGAGUCUGAAAGCAUUGUUCGAGGGGAGUGAAUUCACGUAUGCCGGCUGGAGGGAUGUUCCGGUUUGGUAUAUCGGCACCAUUGAGGAUCAUGGAUUGCCGGUGUUGGUGCAACGGAUGCAGGUGGGCAUGGCUAGGGAAAUGGGAAGCCAUGUAGAGCACAGAGAGCUGCAGACGAGCCAUUCACCGUUUUUGAGUCAGCCCGAGGCGACGGUGGAGAUUAUGCUCGAGGCUGUUGAGGCGUUUACUGGGAAGUCAGCUGCAGCUACAUCUGCGAUUGUUGCACGUGGCGAUAUAGCAGUACCGAGGGCGAUGCUCUGGCAGCCUUUGACGUGGUUGAAAUUUGGAUUACCGCUGGUCUUUGGUCGUGUUGUAGGAAGAGGCAUUCUUUUGUUUGGUUGGGGGAGGAGAUUAUGGAGGUCGACGUUUGGUUAAGGCGCUGCUUCUUGAUGCCAUGGCGCGACGUGGGUACGCCGAUGCUGUAAAUAGAAAGAUUGUGUAUAUUAGAAAUCUCUUCUCUAGCAUAAUAUUGACGAUUUGGAUAAAUGCAU